AUGGCAUCUUAUUUGAAGAACGUGGCGAUUAUCGGUGCCAGUGGCAGCAUUGGCAAAAUCAUUCUCGAUGGCCUUGCUGCAUCUUCUCGGUUUGAAAUUACCGUCAUCUCCCGCAAGGAGAGCGAGGCGACCUUCCCGCCUGAUAUGAUUGUUCUCAAGACCGACUACUCAGAAGAAGGUCUCGAAUCUGCAUUCAAGGGCAAAGACGUCGUCAUUUCCGCUGUGGGUGUCGGUGCAUUUGGCGAACAGAAGAAGUUUGUUGAUGCUGCCAUUCGUGCAGGUGUCAAGCGUUUUAUCCCAUCUGAGUUUUCAGUAAAUAGCCAGAAUGAGGCUGUUUUGCAGUUGUUGCCACUAUUCGAACAGAAAAAGGAACUCGUCGAGUACCUCAAGAAGCAGGAGACAGAUGGAUUGACCUGGACUGGUAUAGCUUCUUCUGGCUUGUUUGACUGGAGUCUUGCAAAUGGAUUCUUGGAAUUUGACAUUGCCCGUCAUACGGCUACGAUCUGGGAUGGAGGCAACAAGAGUUUCACCCUGACCAAUCAGAAGGCCCUCGGUGAGGCUGUUGUUUCUCUUCUGCUGCAUCCCCAUGAAACCAAAAAUCAGUUUCUCUUCAUUGCCUCGGUUGAAACCACUCAGAAAGACAUCCUUGCUGCUUUAGAGAAGGAGUCAGGAGUUAAAUGGACCGUGAACGAGACUACCACCGACUUUCAAGUCAAUCAGGCAGUCGAGAAGCUUGCUGCUGGGGACUUCAAUGGUGUUUUUGCUCUAGUUCGAGCCACUGUUUUUGGCAACAUCCCAGGCCUCCAUUCAAACUAUGCCAAAGAGGAGAAGCUGGCAAACAAUGUGUUGGGACUUCACUUGGAAACUGUCAGGGAUGUUGUCAAGCGUGUGCUCAAAGAAUAG